UUUUUUUUUUUUUUUUUUUUCGCCAUCAUCGCAUUGGCCCAAACCGUCGCUUGGCUCCCUCAUUUCUCAAGAAGAGCAGACACAUCCUCCUCCUCAUUAGACCAUCACUCUUCACGAUAUGCGCUGCUCGCUCAAGUACAUUAGCCUGGCGGCAGUGGCGGUAGCCGCUGCGUCAUUGGCUUUCGGCGCUCCCAUCCCGCAGGCAGAGACUCACGAUGCCUUUGCUGCAGACAAGCUGUUUGGUCGCGCAGUUGGCGUCGAAUUCAACGGCCUUAAAGACAAGAACCACCAACAGGCCAUUCAAACCGCUGUUGACCAUCACCAGACGUCUUAUCCAGCAAUGACCGGCUUCAGUGCGAAUGGUGGCCUGCACAAGAACCCAGCUACAGGCGACACUCGCUUGCACGUCACCGGCACGGCCACUGACGCCAAUGGCGCAACGAUUCCCUACACGAGCACCGUCAACGGCAACACUUAUCAGCAGCAUCACAUCCCACUGGCUCCAGGACAGUCAUACACGGACAAGAAGGGCAACACCCAUGUUGGACGCAGGAUGGAGCAAGGCGAAGGACGUUUUGGCCUGGUUGCUUGGGAAUGAUCCUCCUGUAGUACGCGCCUGUGUGUGCCGUGUCUCACAUGCUCCAGGUUCAAUCGGAUGAUGAGGAAGGUGGUCAAAAAGCGAAAGUCUUCAUCAUCCGAUUGUCUGGCCUCAGAAUAUGAUGGCUUCAGCAAUAGCAAGCGUCCUAGAGAGGCUUCUGCCACAUCGAAUACCAGAGGUAG